AAAAAAAUAAAUAUAAAAUCAACAAAUAGUGUGUAAAACAAAUAUAAAUAGCAAAAGACUAAAAAAUAUUUUAGAAAGGAAAUUUUAAUCAAAAUUUUAUUGACAAUUAUCUAAAUUUUCAGUUUUGUAAAAUAAAAUAGCUCCUUCAAAUUUACAUUUCUACGAUAGCAAAGUAAAGCUAUAAACUUUUUAUUUCACUGGUACAUAAAACAUAACAGCUAGGAAGGCUGAUAUAUAGAAACAAUGGCAUCUAUGACGGAUAGAUUUGGUCAGUUUUUAAAUGGAUUAAAUCAGAAAUAUGAACCCCAUGUUCGUCAUCAUCUUGCUAAAGUUUAUAUGAUGUUGUGUGGCACAGCAGCCAUAACAGCCACUGGUUCAAUACUACAAAUGAAAAACAUUAUUGACUUGGGCAUGAUUGCUGCUUUGGGAUCAUUAUUAUUGGUUUUGGGACUACACUUCUAUCGUGAUAAUGGAAAAAAUUACUAUAAUCGUGUGGCCAUGUUGUAUGCAUUUGGUUUUUGUUCUGGACAAACAAUGGGACCGCUAUUGCAAUAUGUAGUUAGCGUUAAUCCAUCCAUAAUAGUUACAGCACUAGUUGGAACAAUGGUAACAUUUGCAUCGCUUUCGUUGGCUGCACUUUUGGCCGAACGUGGACAAUUUCUGUUUUUGGGUGGCAUUUUGGUCAGUGUUAUCAAUACCAUGACCUUAUUGAGUAUUCUAAAUAUGUUUUUCAAGUCGAUGUUCGUACAAAUGGGUCAACUUUAUAUUGGUGUUAUUGUUAUGGCCGGAUUUAUACUAUUCGAUACCCAAAAUAUUAUUGAAAAAGUUCGUAUCGGCAAUCGGGACGUUGUACAACAUUCAUUGGAUCUGUUCUUUGAUGUCUUAAGCAUGUUCAGACGUUUGCUUAUUAUUUUGACACAAAAGGAGGAACGCAGACGUGAAGACCAACGUAAACGCCGUUAAAUUUUAUAAAAAAAACUGUUAACAUACAUUUUUAGUAGCAGGUUUGGUGGUGAAGAAUAGGUAUACAUUGUUGGCUGAACAGAACAACUGAGCUGUUAAAACUUAUAUUUUUUAGCAGCUAUUCUAAAAAGAAUAAUUUAACGUUUUUUUUUUUUGUACACCAUUGUCAUUAUUUCUAUUUCUAUUUCUUUGUAUUCUUAAUUUUUUUGUUAAUUUUCUUUACUGUAAUUGAAAAUUUUUCGAAAUUAUUGUAUAAAAUUAUAAAAAUGUUAAAUUUACAAAAUAAAUAAAACCAAGUUUUGUGUAAUAGAUAAAUGCACAUACUUUAUUUAUAAAGCCUA